GCUAAAUUUCGAGAUGAAAUAGCAGUGGUAAAACAAAGCAAGUAUAAUGACAAUAAACGAUUAAGAGAGGAAUUUGAAAUCUAUUUCAGUUUACAAAAUCACGAUAAUAUUCUCAAAUUAUAUGGCGUUGUAGCUGAGAAUUAUCAUCUUGUUCUUGAAUAUGCACCAAAUGGUGAUCUGUCUCAAUAUCUUAAAAGAAAUAUAGUCGACUGGAGAUCUAAAGCAAAAAUAUGUCACGGGAUAGCUCGCGGUGUGAUGCAUUGCCAUAGAAAUAAUGUAUAUCAUUUAGAUCUUAAACCUCAAAAUAUCCUUUUAGAUAAAGAUUUUACACCAAAGUUGGCAGAUUUUGGGCUUUCAAGUUCUAAAAGUCGCUUAGAACUGAAUGGUGGAAAGGCUGGUGGAACUAUAAUUUGGGUAGCUCCUGAACGUGUUAGUUCAGAUGCUAAAAUGUUGGAAUUUUUUGAAAAAUACCCCAAACUUUCAGAUAUGUAUUCCUUUGGAUUAAUCUUAUGGUCAGUUGCUAUGAAUGGUGAAACACCUUACAAAGAAUUAAGUAUUGAUAAAAUAAAAAAACAAAAACGUGAUCGGAAUACAAUAAAGCGUCUAUUGAAAAGCCUACCGAAAGAAAGUCCACAUCGUUAUACGCAACUAAUUUCUGAUUUAACAAAAUACGAUCCGGAAGAACGAUGUCAACUACCCUCUGCAUUAUUAGAGCUGGAGCAUGUGUACAAAUAUUAUAAUAAAAAAGCAAUAGUUAACGCAAAAAAUGAUGGUCCAAGUUUUGGUGUAACGGACCUAGUGUUGAAAUGGAAUCAUGAUUUGAGUCUAAAAGAUGAUGAUAAUUACAAUUGUUACUGUGUAAAUUUUUCAUAUGAAAAACCGAUCAGAACUGCUAAAGAAUUUUCGAUAUAUGACUAUGAA